UUUUUUAUUUUAUUUUUAUUAUUUUGAGAUAAUAAUUUUGAGAAAAUUAAUUUGAUAAUUUUGGGAUAAAUUGUGUAGAUUUGUUGUUUACACCACAGAUUCCGUCGAAUGAAGUUAAUAAACUAAAAAAUGUGUAAAUUAUUAAAUGUUUAACUUGUUAAUAUUUUUACUAUUUAUCAAAUUUGCAAACAGUUUUAUCCCAAACACUUUUUCUCACAAUUCCCUCACUCUAGCUCCCUCUCCCAAUUCCCUCACUUUAGCUCCCUCUCACACUAACUCUAACAGUAAAUUUGAGGGUAAAUUUGGGGGUAAAUUGGUGUUAUGGUUGACCAAGAGGAGUCAGUUGCACGGAUUCCCCAAGCCCCGGAAACUACACAAACCCGUACCAACCCGCUCUAAUCCACAUUUUACAGAUAUUUUACACAGUUAAAUAGUUAAUUUUAUUGUUAGGAGUUAACAGAUUGAGAAAUGGGUUAGGGUUUUUGGAGUGGUAUAUUUGAGGAGGAUGUGGCGCGUUGUGAGUUGGGACCGCCGUGUAAAUUAUUAUCUGACGACAUAAUCAAAGGGAAAAGAAGGCCUAGGCUCACACUGAAGAAGACAAAGAAACAAAUGUACGCCACAAUCGUCGACGACGUUACCAGAAACGUACUCUGCUUCAUGGCCACUAACUUCAAAUACCUCUCACACAUCUUCGGCACAACACCAACCAAACAUCUGGGAUUGGAGAGGAACAAUGGCGGGACGGUGAGGGCGGCGUAUGAGUUGGGGAAGUUAAUUGGAAGACAAGCACUCUCCAGAGGAAUCUCCAAAGUCUUCUUCGAUCGAAAUCACUACAGAUAUCACGGAAGGGUGGAGGCGUUGGCGAUUGGCGCUAGGAAAGUCGGACUUAAUUUUUAAUCCCAAAAAAUUUAAUAUAAUAAAUUAUUUA